CUGGUUACAACUCAGAAAAAAAUUUAACAAAAAAUAUAUUAUUUAAAUUUAACAAAUAAAAGGGUCGGCAUUGCAAGAUAUGGAAAGUGCAAGUACAGUAUUUGAUAUUUGAAAGGCAUUUGGGAUCCGAAAAGCCCUACUACUUGUUCAUUCCGUAAAAUCAGUUCGAUCAAUCCAGUAGGUACUUUUUUUUUAAUUCAAUAUGACGACGUUCUAUGCUUGAUAAGGAAACUUAAUUUAUUCAUGCGGAUGUGAAAAAAUGGAGGGGAAACGCCUUCAGCCAAAGCACGGAGAUGUCAAGGGCACGUACUCCCACUCCAGUUCGGGGAGGUCUAAGAGAGAUGUGAAGCAAACACUAGAGGGACCAUCCAUUGGAAACACAGAUGGAAUUCAUGAUAUUGUGAUUCAGGAUUCAAAGCAUCGUAGGCGGACUCAAGAUCCAGUGCCAAUUGAGGAUGCAUUGCAGGAAACAGAUAUUAAGUUUGAACAGGAGACUAGCAAAAAGGGCUCUGAUCCGAAAAUUCAUGAGGCAUCCAAACCAAAACAUGUGCCAAAUGCAGGAUCCUUUUUUCAGCACGAUGACAGGAGCGCAGUACAAAAUAAUCGAAAUGUGAGGCGAAGAUUCAGUGAGCAUGGGGGUUGGAAUGACUCUGUUAAGGGUCAUCCUAGUGACCGUUACAGAGACAGAGCUAACCAUGUAGAUUCACAAGGAAGAGAUAAUAGGGGACAUAUGUUGGCGAAAGAGGAAGGUAAAGAUAGAGUUUGGCGUCAUGAUAGAUUCUUUGAAUUAGAAGCAAGUGAGCCUCAUGAAACACGCAAACCAGCAUUUACAGAAACAAAGAUGGUUUCACGUUUUGUUGGUAGUGGAAGCAAAUCUGCUGUGGCCAAUGACAAUGAGGAUGGGUAUGGUAAGAUUACAGAUGGCAAAAGAAGAGAGGGAAGAGGUGCUGUUAGUGAGUGGCAAAAUGAGGGCAAAAGGGGAUCUAAGAAUUUUGUUGAGAUAGAACAAAAGAAUAAAGAUAGAGAUCAUGUGCAGCAAAAUGAGGAUCUUGAGAGGGGCCGUUGGCUUGAAAGAGAUCAGCGUGAUGAUGAAUUUCAGAACAGGGGGAGGUUUAACAGCAUUUCUAGAGGAAGAGACAUGAUGGGAAGAGGUUUAAAUGGGACUGUAAGGAAUCAGUUGCGUCCUCAUGCUUUUACUGGUGAGAAGUGGAAGCAUGAUCUAUUUGACGAAGCUAAUCGCAGUCCACCACUAAAGAAUGAAGAGGAACAGAUUGCAAAAAUAGAAUUGUUACUUUCAGGAUAAAAUCAAAGUUUUGAUCAUUACUUGCCUUGAAGAAAGGGACAAUGUAGAAAUUAAUUAGAUUUUUUUCAUUCUACAAGGGAGGAUUCAGCUUUAUUCCAUUUAGCAAAAGGAGUUAUAAUCACCUGAAUUGCUGGCAUCUAAAUAGAAGCCUUUUUAAUUGUAUCAUAUGCACUAUUAGGUUGCUGAGGAUCUAGUUUGGCCUUGUGACACAUUGUAUAGGCAGCCUAAUCUCUUUAUGGGAUGUAUGUUUUUGUCAUACAAUUUUUAUGUGCCUUGGUAAAUAUAUGGUAACAUUUGGAAGGAAUUAUAUGCAGUUUUAACAUGAA